AAAAAAAUGGGGGUUCCACAGGCAAUGCAGGCCCUGAGCGAAAGAGCGGUGUUCAUGAGAGAGUCGCUGCAUAAGAGCCAGACGAUCACGGACAACAUGGUCGCCAUUCUCGGUUCCUUCGACCAUCGUCUCUCGGCCCUUGAAACAGCCAUGCGUCCCACUCAGGUACGUACGCAUUCGAUACGGAGGGCGCAUGAGAAUAUCGAUAAGACAUUGAAAGCUGCAGAUGUAAUAUUGGGACAAUUCGACCUCAUGCGCAAGGCAGAGGCUAAGAUACUCAGAGGCCCACAUGAGGACCUUGAAAGCUACCUAGAAGCAAUUGAUCAGCUGAGAAGCAUAGUUCGUUUUUUCAGCAGCAACAAAAGUUUUAAGAGCAGUGGUGGCAUCCUUAACCACACCAAUAACUUGCUUGCAAAAUCUAUCUCAAAACUUGAGGAUGAGUUCAAACAGCUGUUAACAAAUUACAGCAAGCCUGUGGAUCCUGAUCGUCUUUUUGAUUGUCUUCCCAACUCUCUACGGCCAUCAUCAGCAUCACCAGGUAACCAAGGUGAUGCUAGUAGCAGGACUCAUUCUGAGCACCAUAAAAGCUUAGAAACUGCUGUUUACACACCUCCAACUCUUAUUCCGCCUAGGGUUCUGCCACUUCUGCAUGAUUUAGCCCAACAAAUGCUUCAAGCUGGAAAUCAGCAACAGCUAUUUCGAACUUACAGGGAGACUCGAUCUUCAGUUAUGGAACAGAGUCUCAGAAAAUUAGGUGUGGAGAGACUUACUAAAGAUGAUGUCCAGAAAAUGCAGUGGGAGGUUUUGGAGGCUAAGAUUGGGAAUUGGAUACAUUACAUGCGGAUUGCUGUCAAACUGCUUUUUGCUGCGGAAAAGAAAGUAUGUGAUCAAAUAUUUGAUGGUGCUGAGAUUCUUAGGGAUCAGUGUUUUGCCGAAGUAACUACGAACAGUGUAGCUGUGCUUCUCAGUUUCGGAGAGGCUAUUGCCAAAAGCAAGAGAUCGCCUGAAAAAUUGUUUGUUCUUUUAGACAUGUAUGAGAUAAUGAGAGAACUUCAGUCAGAGAUUGAAACACUUUUCGGAACUAAAUAUUCUAUUGAAAUGCGGGAAUCUGCACUGAGUUUGACAAAGCGGCUAGCUCAGACAGCCCAAGAGACCUUUGGUGAUUUUGAAGAAGCGGUUGAAAAAGAUGCCACGAAAACUUCUGUACUUGAUGGAACUGUCCACCCCUUGACUAGCUAUGUGAUAAAUUACGUAAAGUUUCUAUUCGACUACCAAUCAACACUGAAGCAACUUUUUCAGGAGUUUGACCAUGCCGAUCCUGAAGCUCAGUUAGCAUCUGUAACUACAAGGAUUAUGCAGGCUCUCCAGAAUAACCUGGAUGGGAAAUCCAAGCAGUACAAAGAUUCUGCAUUGACACAAUUGUUUCUUAUGAACAACAUUCACUAUAUAGUGAGAUCGGUUCGAAGGUCAGAGGCAAAGGAUUUGUUGGGGGAUGACUGGGUGCAGAUACACCGUAGGAUUGUUCAGCAGCAUGCAAAUCAAUAUAAGAGAGUUUCUUGGGCAAAGAUUCUUCAGUGUCUCACCGUUCAGGGCUCUAGUUCAUCAGGCGGCGGUGGUCCAGUUGGAGGGGAGGGUAGUGGCAGCGGAGUUUCUAGAGCUUCAGUGAAAGAUAGGUUCAAGACCUUCAAUAGCCAAUUUGAAGAACUUCAUCAAAGGCAAUCUCAGUGGACAGUUCCCGACAGUGAGUUGCGCGAGUCUCUCAGGCUGGCUGUUGCUGAAGUCGUCUUGCCUGCUUUUAGAUCUUUCCUUAGACGUUUCGGGCCUAUGAUCGAGAAUGGGAAGAACCCUCAAAAGUACAUAAGAUACACCCCCGAAGAUCUUGAACGCAUGCUGAGUGAAUUUUUUGAGGGCAAGACCUGGAAUGAACAAAAGCGGUAAAUAGUUGAUAUGACAUCUCUUUUUUGGUUUAAGA